AUGCAGCCAUCGCCAUUUGCUAAUCCGACAACAUCGUCACCAUCACCACCAUGGAUGACAGCGAAUAAUGCUAAUAUGGUGAACAAUAACUCCAAUUUCUGGUCCAGUGGUGGAUUUCGUAAGCGGAAAGCCGCUGUUAGCGAUCUCGAUGAAAAAGCCAACCAAAAGAUGUUUGUGACAGAGGAGAAAAUGGUGAAAGAAAUGCAGACACUAUCAUUGGAAUUAGCAACUCUUAACAAUUCUCCACCAGUCACCGAAGAAUUGGUAGAGAUUGAUAGGCCUCAAAAUGAAGUCGUCCAGGAAAAUGAUCUUAGUGAUGAUGACGAUGACAAAGAUAAAAAUGAAAACAUGGAACAGACACGAUUUGAAUUGCAUAAACUAUUGAAGGACAGUCUGAAAAAAGAUGAUUUACAGGAUCGUCUUCUCAGUAAACUUUGUGAGAUCGAACGGAGGAAAUUCACUAUGCAACUGGUGCCUUACAUGCCGAUUCAUCCUGCACAGUUGAAUAGUGAGAAUGCCACAAGUGAUGAUAAAUCCCAGGAUGAUGAUGAAGAUGAACUCAUAGAAAAUUCAUCUGUUGUGAUAUCGGAAGAAGCGAAAAAUGAAAAUGAUGAUUAUCAAUUUAAAAUACCAUCGAUACCAACACCUUACACAGUUGAAGAACCCUGUGACAACACGAGGAAACGUCCAUCAGCAAUGAAACGAAGUUAUUCUCAAUCUAACCAGAGCAAUAGUAAUUUAUCAGUGACAGAAUUGAAACACGAUGUCAAUGAACAAUCAUCAACAUCUCAACUACCAUCAGCUUAUUUUAUCGUUGAACCAACUGUAACUCCUUCCUGUCAAACAUCGUCGAGCACGUCAAGUUCGUCACUUUCUACCAAUGAUCUAUCCGUUCGAAUAACUGAAUUCGUUGAAAACCCUACAGCGCCCAUUGAAUUCACUAGUGCAACAGAAGACGAUGAUGUUGAUAUGCAAUCGAUUGCGUCAUCGGAUACCGGUGAUAGAAUGGAUGAUGAUUGA